GCCGAGUCAUCAAUUAGCUUAACUUGCCUCCUCUGUGACAUCCCUGUUUCCAUGUAUUCGUGAAUUUCCCCGUCGCCCAGAAGAGAGGAUGACUAGGAGAGCCUCUCGAUAACUGCGCUUCUUUGUCGGGGAAAGAGGGUGGUUUAAGAAAUGGCAAGCUAAAGUCAAAGGGAGGAGGAUUGAGCAUGUUUGAUGUUGACUGAAGUCCAAUCCCUGAACCAAGAUGAAGAGGAAGCUGCUGCGUGGGUUCUUGUCAGAAGUUUCCGUCCGGCUGGUGUUGUUCUUGGUGUUUUUAGUGACAGAGCAGCUUCCUCCUUUCUACCGGGAGAUCCAGCCGGAGGAGAUGUGGCUGUAUAAAUUCCGUCGUGUGGAGAAAGAUCAUGUACCUACGUCUCUUAUGUUUAGUAUUGCUGUUUUCACCCCUCUGGUUGUAAUCCUGGCUUUCGCCUUCCUGAAUAAAUCAGAACGCGGCGAUCUAAAAGAAGCCUCUCUGGCUGUGACCCUGACUCUGGUGCUUAAUGGCGUUUUCACCAACGUCAUCAAACUUGCUGUCGGCAGGCCCAGACCAGACUUCUUCUACCGUUGUUUCCCAGACGGUCAGAUGAACUUGGACCUGCGCUGUAGCGGUGACCCAGAUAUUGUCAUGGAAGGCAGAAAGAGCUUUCCCAGCGGGCACUCUUCCUUUGCCUUUGCAGGUUUGGGUUUCACCUCCUUGUAUAUUGCGGGGAAGCUGCGGUGCUUCAGUACAGCAGGUCAGGGCAGAGCGUGGCGGCUGUGCACAUUCCUUACCCCGUUGCUGGUUGCGACUGUAAUUGCCCUCUCUAGAACCUGCGACUACAAACAUCACUGGCAAGACGUGUUGGUGGGCUCUCUGCUGGGCCUGGCCUCCGCCUGGCUCUGCUACCGACAGCACUUCCCUCCUCUUCAGGACACCGACUGCCACAGACCUCUGCGACACAGGGACACGCUUCCCGCUGCACAAGACCGCAAGCUGGCCAACUCCAGCUACAUCCUACCCUUAUAGAAGCGUUACCCUCCACUGAUGUUAUUUUCAAUGGAGUACAAUGUAAAUUCCCGUUUUUGCACCUUUAGGAUUCUCCGUUUUAUGUGUAGAAUAACAAUCUUCUGUUAUCAAUAGUUAAGGAGAUCAUCUGAAAUGAUGUUAGCACACAGUCCAACGAUCUAAACAUGACAACAAGCCCACAGCACAAAUGUUUUCGGACUCCUCUGCGGAUCCUGAUGCCGUUUUCUCCACGCUCAGGUGAACUUCAAACGCAGCAGAGAAGCGUCCACCAAAAGGUCUUCUGCCCCUUACUUAACUCUGUCAGCUGUUGUUCAUUUAGGGCAAAACUUUGUGAUUUUUCAAGAAUCAUAUGUGAGUCUUAAAAGAAGCUGCCUGAAAAUGAUGAUGGAUUUGUGUUAACACUAUGAACAAGCUCAAAGACAUGGUUGUAGAAGAUGGAAAAGUUUCACAAAUGUUACAAAUUAGAUUUAUGUUCAAGUUUAUAUAAAUAAUCUGGUAUAUAGUUAAAAUGUAAGACUCAAUUUUUCUUUUGAAAAAACAGACUAUUCCAUUUCUUAAUGACUUUUUUCUUAAAAACUAUAUUUGAAUCAACUCCGUUAGCAUGAAUUGUUAAUUGCUGCCUAUGUUUUGGCUGCUUAAGGUCUUUUAGUCUUCCUCUAGCAUAUUUUGAAUGUUUCUAUUGCCAGAUUUCUUUAAUCUGGAUUAGCCUUUUUCUGUCUAAUUCUCAGCAUAACAUUCUGAUGUAGCAUUCUUACUUUCGGCUUUUCUUCUAGUGCCUGCUGUGCUCCAAUGAUAAUCACAUCCCGGAUUGAGCUGAACAGCACACCUUAGAGGGAUUAAGACAGUAGAGUCUUGUUACUUUGUUUUUUUGAUGACACAUCUGUUUGAACGAGCCCGGUUGUGGUUAAAAUGUGUGCACGUGUAGGUUGUUGGAGGACAGACGGAUUCAGGUCGGUGGUGAUGAUGCUCGCUUUCAGUCCUGCUGGUCAGGUUUUCUACGCUGUGAAUGGCUACAAUUUUGUGUUCUUUAUAAAACCAGUAAUAUCAUUCCUGUUAAUUUGCUAGAUUUGACACUUUCCUUAAUUUACACUGCUGUUGUUUCUUUCCAUGGUGAACUUCCUGUUUUUGUGUUUUUUUACUUGAACCUUUCAGUUUUACAGGGCCAUAGCACUUUCUUCUGUUUCUUCUUUUUGUCUCUUCCAGAAAAAGAAAUCAAAAGAAUGGAAAAUGUUGUGCCUUCACUCACCUCUUUGAUCAUGUCAGUAAUCGAUUUGUCUUUGUUCUAAAUUAAUUGUCGACAGGAAACACACUGUUUAAUGUGGCAUUCAGCGUUGAUCUCAACAAAAACUUGAACUUCUCCUCAUAAAUGUUAAUCUUGAAAGUGAAAACGUGGAGAAUAGAAGUUACAUCAUGUGGACGGGGGACUUUGGAAACCAAAUGUUUACUUAGUCUGUUACUUCAGAAAAAAUGUGCUAGAGUAUUUGAUCUGAAAGCUUGUUAAUUUAUUCAAACUGUCUUUGUUCUGUGACGAGUGUGUCGAUAGAAUCAUGUUUCACAACAUUCCGAUUUACUUUACAGCAUUUUGGUGAAGUCCUGCAUGCUUGACCCAUAAACCCAUUGCUCUGGUCUAUUCUUUGAACUUUAACCCCAUCAGUACAUAUACGUUGGAACAGGUUACUCAUUUUUUUUAAAUCUUUUGUCAUUACUAAAGCCUGCUAUGUUACUGUGAAGUCAGGACAGCGUCACGGUUGAACGUUGUGAUGCUUUUGAUGAAACUUGUCGGUGACUCUUGUCAAACUGUGGUUUGGAAUACUUCUGCAAUGCUGCCUGUUGUUCGCACUUUUUCUUUGGGGUCCAUCCAUGUUUGGAGUUGGGAAAUAACAAGCAAGGUUAUUAACUACAUGCUAAAGCUAGCCAAAAAUCUGUUCAGUAUAGUUAUAUGUGUGUUAGAUCAAAACUGUUGGACUGUAGAUUAAAAAAAACUGAGAUGUGGAAAAUGUGUUUUUGUUUUUUCUUUUUCAUUUUUGUACAUAACUGGAAUGGAUUUCAUUCUAAGGUAUGUUAUUGUACUGAGUAAUUUUAUGAAGUCAAAUCACUGAUUAAAACUCUUAAAAUAAA